CAAAAAAUGACCCAAAGAGAAUGACCUUGUGUUCGUCGCGUCAAACGUCACAAAACUCAAAACGAAGCCACAAUGUGUGUUGUUACGAGACGAGACUCUAUCUAGCUAGCUAGCUAGUCUACUACUAGUACCGCUAGCUACAGGUUGUCAAGCCAAGCCAAGCCGAUACGAUACGAAAGUUAUAACUGUUGUAUUAUACUGUUGUACUGUUGUACUGUGAUACCAUGGUGAAGAAGCUGGUAAAGGUCAAGAGGAACAGCAGCAAAGAGAUGAAACAGCAUGAUGGGAUCAACCGAUUGAUGGCCAUUCGACAUCGACUCAGGCAACGCCAUCUACUCUGGUUUCUGGUACUGGUCGCCACGGUGCCCUUGCUUCUAUUCUCAAUCAACAAUAACAACCACAACAACAACAACAAUCAGCAAGAACAACAAGAACAGUCCUUCACCAGAGGAUUCUUGCGAUGGGCUGGAACACUCACAACCACGACGACCACCAAGGAUAGUGCUUCUACUAGUACUUCUACUAGUACCAAAAAGGGCUGCUCUUCCUUGCAACAACGGCUCAUUGCAAAGUCCCUUCCCAACGCCCAAACCAUCAUUGAAGCCACCAUUUGUCCGGAAAAUGAUAAAUGGCUCUCGGAUUAUCUCCUCAAUAAUAAUAAUAAUAAUCCUUCUCUGGAGUCUCAUCAUCAGUCGCCACCACAAGAUGAAUUUGUUUUUUUGAAUUUCGGAUGCAACAAGGGAUUCGAUGCCAUUCAAGUAGCCAAUACUGUAUCCAAACGAUCCGAUGUGUUCAAGAAAUCAAAAUGGUUUCAAGCACUGGGCAUUGACCAAAAGGGAUCGUGCAAUCAAGCCAUUGGAAACGAUGUCAUUUACGACUCGUCAUUUCCCAAACAGGCCGUACAGAUUCACUGUAUCGAAGCCAUGCCCGCUACCUUUCGAUUGCUGCAACUAGCUGCCGCUGCCACCACGGCAGAACACUAUGGAAUGCACAUUCACAACUAUGCCAUGACCAGCAAACUGCAAAAAGAUAAUGCUCCCAAUGGAAUGAUUCCCUUUCCCAAUGUACUACCUGGCACCGAAAAUAGAGGCAUUGCACACUGCAGCAGCGAGAAUCAUCCUGCUGCUGCAACGGAACAUUGCCAAGAUGUUCCUGCAAUGACCAUUGAUGAAUUUGUCACCAAACAUGUGGACAACAACAACAACAAGUCAACAACAAACACAAACACGAAAAAAAGAAGAAGAAUACCCUACAUUAGUAUUGAUGUUGAAGGAGGUGACUACACGGUACUCAUGGGAGCCACACAAACACUGAAACGAACCGAUUAUCUCGAAUUCGAAUAUCAUGCUGUGGGGGAUUGGAAACAACAAAAACUACAAAAUGCCAUUGAUAUGCUGGCAGAACUAGGAUUUGUCUGCUAUUGGGCUGGAAAGAAACGAUUGUGGCGCAUUACCGAUUGCUGGAUGGACCAUUUCGAAUUCCAUCAGUGGAGUAAUGUCGCCUGUGUGUCGUCCACUGCCAAACAGGCACAGAAAUUGUACCAAACCAUGGAACAAGUCUUUGAAGAUACACUGGUCGAUGGAACGUCGGGAGGCUGGUCGAAGCCAUGAAACACAAAAACAAACAAAACGAACAACAAAACAAACAACAAAACAAACGAACCCAGUCCAUCACCACCAAUAGACAGGCAGCAACACAUACUUUGUUUCUUCUCGUCAUGACGGCAUGAUGAUGAUGAUGAGUGACCUACAAUACAAUACGCAUCAUUGUCAAGAGUAUUAUCAGGUG